AUGGCGAACGUCAACAUCCGUCGGGACGUUACCGAUCCCUUCUACCGGUACAAAAUGGAGCGCUUGCAGUCCAAGAUCGAAGGAAAGGGAAAUGGUAUCAAAACUGUUAUUCCAAACCUUCCCAGCGUCUCGGCUUCUUUGGCCCGUCCUUCAGCCUACCUGAUCAAGUACUUCGGCUUCGAACUCGGUGCUCAAACCAACACCAACCCCAAGGAUGAUCGCUGGAUCAUCAAUGGAGCCCAUGAUGCAGGCAAACUCCAGGAUUCCUUGGAUGGUUUCAUCUCCCGGUUUGUCCUGUGCAAAUCAUGCAAGAAUCCUGAGACGGAGAUCCACAUCAAGGAUGGACGCAUUCUGUUGGAUUGCAAGGCUUGCGGUCAACGCAGUAAUGUCGACAUACGCCAUAAAUUAAGCGGUUUUAUUCUCAAGAACGAACCAAAAGGUGGUAAAAAGACCAAGAAGGACAAGAUGACUCGACGUGAGAGAGCCAAGGCUGAAAGUAACGGGGAUGGAUCCAUGAACGGCGGCAGCCCUCAUGACUCCAACUCCGACAAGGGAGACGCCGAGGAGGCUGAUUACGAGCUUGAGGCUGGCAGUGACGACGAGUUCACCAAGCAGAUUACCGAAUCGGCAAAGGUUAUUGCGAACGACACCAAUGGAACCUUCCACGAUGAGUGGGCUGUGGAUACUUCUGCCGAAGCUGUUGCCGCGCGUGCUAAAGAGCUGCCGUCUGACUUGAAGCGUUCGCUCGCAUUCGAUGAAGACGAAGAGGGCGACGAGAAUGGCACCAAUGUCUACGAUCUGCUCGGAACCUGGAUCAUUGACGAAGCCAAGGAGAAAGGAUCUGUCACUAAAGUGGACGAUGUCGACAUCUACAAGAAGGCCAAGGAACUGGGCAUCGAGAGCAAGCACAAGACUCUGACCGUUUUGGCGCAGACCAUCUUUGAUGAGAACAUUGUCAAGCAAAUUCCAGCUCGUGCUGGCAUGCUCAAGACCAUGAUUGGCGACUCUGAGAAGCACAUGAAAGCAUUCCUCGGUGGUACCGAGCGAUUUGUGGGUAAUGAUCAUCCAGACCUCAUUCCUCAGGUGCCAGCCAUUCUCAUGGGCUACUACCAGCACGAUCUUCUCACCGAGGAGAUCGCCAAGGCUUGGGGACAAAAGGCAAGCAAGAAGUAUGUUGACAUCGCCACCAGCCGUAAGGUCCGCCAGGCUGCCGAGAAGUUCUUGCAGUGGCUCGAUGAGGCUGAGAGCGACGAAGAUGACGAAAGCGAGGAAGAAUAG